AUGUUGGUGAAAAGAAGAAAGGAGGUGGAGGAGGAGGAGGAGAAGGAGGAGAGGGGGGGGGAUGGAGAACAAUCAGGACAAUCAGAUAACUCAAACCAGCAAGGAGACACAGACGUCAAGCCCCCGCCAAACGGCCACUUGAGUUUCCAGGACUGCUUCGUGACUUCAGGGGUGUGGAACGUAGCCGAGCUGGUCCGCGUGUCACAGACUCCGGUGGCCACAGCGACAGGCCCCAACUUCUCUCUGGCAGACCUGGACAGCCCUGGCUACUACAACAUCAACCAGGUGACCCUGGGACGGCGCUCCAUCACCUCCACCCCUUCCACCAGGACUGAAAUGGAGCUUUAUGCAAGUCUCCCACGGAGCUCCAAUAAGCGCAAGUCUAUUGACGACAGCGAGAUGGAGAGCCCGGUGGAUGAUGUCUUCUACUCAGGCCGUUCCCCUGCAGCUGGGAGCAGCUCUCAAUCCAGCGGUUGGCCUAACGAUGUAGAUGCAGUGCAGCACCAUUUGGCCAGUGUGCAGGAGAGGAAGAUUAAGCAUGAGAGCGAUGGAGUGCAGUUUCCUUACCAUGGACUCUCAUCGCCUGGUUCUCAUAAGAAGCUGGGGAAAUUCGAUUUCAGCGCCCUGUCCUCCCAGACGAGGUCCCCCCGCAUGGCGUUCACCCACCACCCACUGCCAAUGUUGGCGGGAGUGAGACCAGGGAGUCCCCGCGCGUCCGCCUCGGCCCUGCACUUCCCGUCCCCCUCCAUCAUCCAGCAGUCUAGCCCCUACUUCACCCACCCCACCAUCCGCUACCACCACCACCCUGGACAGGACCCCCUGAAGGAAUUCGUGCAGUUCGUCUGUGCCGAUGGCUCGGGGCAGGCCUCCGGACAGCCAAACGGGAGCGGCCAGAGCAAAAUGCCAGGCUCCUUCUUGCUGCCUCCACCUCCCCCAGUGGCCCGCCCAGUGCCCCUCCCCAUGCCCGACUCUAAACCCAACAGCACGCCCCCUGACGGCGGACUCUCCUCGCCCGCAUCUCCGUCAUACUCCACGCCAGGCACCACAGCUCCCAACAGGUUUGUCGGCAUCGGAUCACGGGACAACAACUUUCUGAACAUCCCGCAGCAGACGCAGUCUUGGUUCCUCUGACAAGACCUGUGUACAAACCAGCAAGUAGAAUUCUUUCUUUACAAUCGAAAAUGAAAAAAAACAACACAAAGAAGAAAAAACAGCGAAAAAACCCGCAGGAUGAUAAGAAUUGUCCUCCAACCAGCCCACCGACUGACCCUGACAGUACGUCUCACCUGAUAUGAAACAUAACCGAGCAACACAGGAAAUUAUUACGGCAUGACGGUUUCAGUGGAACUCUGGACCUCAUUACGCAGGCAGAGGGAGGACCCGAUUUGAGCAGAGAUGGAUAGGAGGAAAGAUGAAUGAACGGACGUUAGGUCGAGAGAUAGACGUAAAGAGAAAGCAGCAAGCCGGCCUCCUCCAACCACCGACUCAGCACGCCACGGCAGUGGCACAGGAGGAAACCCCGGGACGCGGAAGCAGUCGGCUUCUCCGUCUCUGUGAGGACACACUGUGCGACGAACGGCCACGAAAAUCAACUGUCCAGCAAAUGCGGAUCAUCAGAAGCCAUUUGCCCAAUCAGACAAUAGUUUUCCCAGUGAAAGAUGCAGUCCACGCUCCUGCAGUCUCAUCGCCCAAAACGGAAUCGAAUUGGCCGAACGUUUCCAACCCUCCGACUGACCCUCAACUCCACAGAACCUCUUCUCAUCCUACGACUAACGAGCAAGACCAUGCUGAAACAUAUCUCAAUUAAGGGUUGCACUACAAGCUGAAUCAGUUAACACUAACCUUAAUGAUGUGCACUAUUUACCUACAAGGCAUGGAAGGUAAGACUUGCCUGUCGAAUGCUCUAAAGAGGAAAAUACAUGGUACAAGAAGCCUUUCUUCAGUCCCCCUAUUGUUCAUUUCAGCCAAUCACUGGCCUCCAUUCAUUAUCAUAAGUCUCCCCCUCAUUCAGAAAGCUCACACACUGUCAGUGCCACGACGAAAGCACGUAUGAAAAUACACACGCACCCCACACACGCACAUCUAUGUAUUUGCCGUCUCACCAUUUAGAUUGUAGUAUUUAUAGAUGGUGUUUCUGCAUUUCUCUUUCUAUUUUCACCAUAGACACAAUAAGCCCCGCAAAAUCCCUCCAUCUCGGGUAAGCAGUCCAGGCAUCGUGGACACAAUGGGUGUCACUGCAUGCUCACUGACACUUCUCACCACUAAAAGCAGUAGCAAUCGGUUCCCUAUCCGCCCUCUGGAAAUGGAGGCGAAUAGGUGAUUUACCCAUGUGUUUUCCCCUAUUUGAAUAUAGUCCCUUUUUUUAUUUGUACUGUUUUUUAAAUUGUUUUUUGUACUCGAAUGACAGCACCUUAAAGAGAAACGCAACGAGAAGCUAUAUGUUGAGGCGAUUGGCUAACCCAGAUCAAGAAAUGCAUGCAAAAACUGAAAUAGUCGCACUCAACUUUUUUUUAGAGAUCGAUAUCACUCUCACGUGAAGCUGCAAACCAGCAGCUAAUUGGCUAUUAGGUAGAGCAGGGUAUAUCCUGUUGAAUUUUGUAAGUGUAUUCACAAUAACUAUGGUUUGAAAGAAUUUUAAGGGAGAUGGGACCUAGCAACUGGUCGCUUAUUGGGUUUGUUGCCAAAAAGAGCCAUAAGUGGACACAAAGGUGGAUUGGUAGAGUGACACUCACAACAUUACACAUUUACAGUAUUUCCUCAAAUUAAAACCACAAUUUAAUCAAAGUUAAAUUUGAAUGCACUAGUCGAGCUAUUUUUUAAGAUUAGCUACAUUAGGGACUUUCUCUGAAAACUAAGAAACGGCUCUCCUAAAUUCUACUGAUUACCAAUACUCCCCCCAGCAUAGACAGUAUUCUCUUCAUGCGUUACACUGGUUCCCAAUCAGCCGGGCUAUCUGACACUGCUGUUGUCGUCAUUUUAGCACACACAGCUAAAACUAGUUCCCUGGCUAAGCCAAAUUAGCCAUUAGUUAGCUCUUUUGAGUGGCAGCAACAGCUUCGUUUCCGAUGGACUCUCGUGAUUCGGGGUUUUAAUAUUUUAGGGAACCUAAAAGGAUUAUUGUUGCAAGGAAAUGUUCAAUAAUUUAGGGAGCUCUCUUUCGUUAAAGUUUGGAACUGACACCAGAUAGUGAUAGUGAUAAAGGGCAAUAGGAAGAAAAUGAUUUCCACUUGAUUCUAUUCUAAACAUACAAGUAUAUGCAUGUGCACUGUCAUUAGCUCUUGCUUUGAAAUUAAGGCCCACAUCAGACAGUGGAAUGGAAUCUUAGCAGUUAAAGUGAAUUAGAUAGGUCUUGGUUUUAUUUUAAGGAAAUACAGUGUUGAAUAAUGGAAUGCUUCUGGGGAAAAUGUAUUGACUUCCCAUCUAAUAACAGAAGUUUGCACUCUUGGAGCUCAAGCCUUGAAAAAAAAAUAGAAGUAGUCUGCCAAAAUAGUUUUCCAAAACAUAUUUCAUUAAUAAAGUUGACUUGGUGUCAGUUCCGGAGCAUCUAUAGGAUAACUCAAAGUUACAUUGGCAGUGUAUUGACAAUCACGGGAAGAGAAAAUACCUCAUGAGCCACAUGGGGUCAAGAAAGAAGUUUUUUUUCUUUAAUCAAGUAAUGAGAAAGAAUGAUUUUUGCAUCUAUUUUUUAGAUCCAGGUCUAGCUAGUGCUCGGUGGCGGAGGACGCGUAUGAAUUAUCAAGAAAUCACGGAGGGAAGGUUGCUGAAGACGGGACCCAGAGUAAAAGAGAGGAGGACGCUCUUCUGUCUGUCUCCCUUAAGUUUACCCUUUUGUUUACACUCCCGGAACGGGCCCCUGCUCCAAGAGCAGAGCCGGACCACGCCGCGGAGCAAAAUGAAUAUGUGACAUAUCCGGCUGUUUUUGGAGUCAAAGUUAGCGGUCGUUACAGUGACCCCCCCCCCCCAAACACACACACACACGGACACACAC